AUGUCCAACUUCAAAAGGGCCUCCAUGGCGGGUGCCGGACCAAAGUCCGCAUCUUCGUCAGCGAUGAUGGCAGGAGGCGGCCACAGCAAGAACGGCAGCAUCUUGAACGCCCUCCGAGCGACCACAAUGAUUGAUACCAAGCCAGUAUUACCAGCCGAAAUCCUCGUCACAAUCCUCGAUUACCUCCCCGUCUCCGACCUCCUCCGCUUCGCCCGCACCUCUCGCCGCAUGCGCGAGAUGGUCUACGACGACACCCGCUGGGUUGCCCGCCUGCGCUCUAUGGGGGUGUGGGACGAAGCGGAAGCGCGGCGGCGGUUCGAGGAAGUAAUGAAGCGACGGCGCGAAGCCGCCGAAAGGGCGGAGCGGGAACGACUCGCUGCCGCUGCUGCAGCAACGGGCGCAACAGGAGGAUCAAUGCCAAUAGGGAGAGGACAGCCGUUUCCUGGACAAUCACUGGAACUGUUUCCUGGAUUGCAACAACAGUACCCAACGCCGCCGCCGGUGAUAACGACGACCCUGUUCGAUGUAGGCGAGGAGGAGCUGAGGAGGAAGAGGAUCGCGGAAGAGCAGAAAAAAAGGGAGGAGGCGAUUCAGGCGGCGGCGCAGAGAAGGGCGAUGGAGGAGAUGGAGGGGUUGCAGGAUGGGUUUGAGACGAUGAAAGUGGGCGGAGGACAAGGGGGACUGCUACCGACAGCGCCGCAAAAAGACCCCUUUUCGGACCCCGAAGCGUUGUUGAACGUGAUCAAAAACGCCCGUUCCAUCCGCGGCCACGCCCGACAAGAGUAUGGCAAGAUCUACGGCGCGCUAGCACCGUUCUACUUCGACCUGGCCAAAGCGAAAUCGCACACCGACCCGGUCGUCUUUCGCGUGUUUCGGGAUCCGGAGCGGCAAGCACAGAUGUUGGCCAACCUGCGGACGUUUGCCAAGUCCGACUGGGCCGCUGGCUGGCGGCAGCGCGAGGAGAAGCUGGCGACUAUGGCGGGCAUCUUCGAGAGCGCGGUGCUACACGAGUUCGAGACAGGUUACGAGUUCUGGGACGUCGAUGGGAGGAUGCACAAGUAUGCGCACGUAUUGGAUCUGCUGAACGGCGGGACGGCGGCGGUGGAGCUGUUCAUCCAUAAACAUCCCAUUUUCACGGAUAAGGAGGUAUUGGCGAACCCAAUGGAUUGCGUGAAUCAGGCGCUGGCGGACGAUGUUACGCUGGAGCCGUCAAGGCGGUUCUUUGAGGUGUUGACGGCCAAGGUCAAUGAGCAGGCGGAUAUUAUCCAGCGAGUGUUUCCGAAACCGGCCGAGGUGUUUUGGUUAUUGAUGGGGAAAAUCAGGGAUGAUAUCUUGACGGAUUACGUGACGCCGUUGUUUGACGAGACGCAUGAGAGGAGCCUGGCGGCGUAUGUGAAGGCCGUUUCUGGUCUGUUUGAGCAAACGUUGCAGUUCUUUAGGACGGUAAAUGCGCCGAAGAAGGAGGAAAACCCGAAGGAGCAGGAGGAGCUGGCAAAGGAAUAUGCGCUCAAAGUGUUUGAGCAGCAUUUAGAUCUUUAUCUGGCGGAUGAGUUGGAUUACUUUACCCAGCAGGCGGAGGCGGAGGUGGGAGAGUGGGAGAAGAAGUUGUCGGAGCAGGAUGCUACUGCGGAAUCGUUCUACAUGGGCAGCUUCACCAACAGGCAGGCGGAUAAGAAGGACUUCUUGACGUCGUUCAAAAAAGUGGUCAUGAUGCCCGUGUCUGCUCUGCCAAGUUUGCCGUUAGGUUCGCCGUUUGCUUCAAAGCCUGCCACAACCCCUACGACAGCCACGACAGCAGCAGCGAAUGGCGGCGAGCUACAAGCGCCGGAAAACCCUGAGCAGUCUCAUCCAGUCUCUCCUAGUCUGGCGGCGCCAGUAACUGUCGAUCGUACAGGAAGUCCCUUGCCGGACAAAGCCCCCACGGAUGAACUAGCAGCAAAGGCUGCGCUAAUGACGUCCAGGCUAGAGGGAAUCAAGUCCCUCUUCAGCAUCGAGGUUGCCCUCAGUCUCGUCCAUACGGCCAAAUCCAGUCUCGGCCGUGCCGCUGUCUUCAUACAGCUGGGUGGACAAGCCGGCGGCGAAGCUCGCGAGCAAUGCGAGGCCAUAUUCGUCGCUUUGCUCCGCAUUCUCGGCAGCCGUCACAUCAAGCCCGGUUUCGACAAGGCAGUCGCCCAUCUUUCGCAAUACAACCCGCGCGAGGUCUCCCACCACGACAAGGGCGGGGUGGCACCCCUGGUGACCUUCAUCGAGCUCGUCAACGUCGGAGACCUGAUCUCGCAGAUGAUCGACGUCUUCUACGAGCAACAGCUCACCACACCCAAGAUCGCGGACCGCAACGAUUUCCUGGACCCAGCUGGUCUGGCCAAGAAGAAAUUCGAGCAGAUGCUCGACGAAAGCGUCGCUGCCGGUCUCAACAAGGGCAUCGACGUGCUCAUGGACGAAGUCGAAUACGUCUGCGCCACCACCCAGCAACCAACCGAUUACAACCCCGCCAUGACCACCGACCCAUUCAAUGACGCCGCCAGCAUCAGCGGCAUGAGCGUCACCACCGAAGGCACCACCAGCACCACCACCAACAGCAGUAGCAAUAACAACCGAAAAUCCCGAUAUAAAUCCGGCACACCCUCCAUCUGGUCCCUCCCCUCCCUCCCGGGUACUCCACCCACCCCCGGCGGCUCCAGUGGCACCACCAACUCCCUCGGACCGCAAGACAUUGGCCCCACGGCCACCGCCCUUCGCAUCCGCGACCUCGUCGCCUCACACACCUCCAUGCUCACGGGAUCCACCGAUAAAUCGAUGCUAGACGUGUUCAACGGCGAAGUCGGCCUGCGUCUCUUUACCGCCGUAUGCAAGCACCUCAAGCGCCAGCGCAUCUCGACCGAGGGCGCCAUCAAGCUCAUUGCCGACGUGAAUCUUUACUACGAGUACAUCCGCACCUUGAAAAACCAAGACCUGCUAGCGUAUUUCAAAGCGCUGCGGGAGUUGAGUCAGAUUUACCUGAUUGAUGCUAAGCAUCAUGCCAAAGAAAUGGCGACCAUCAUUGCGGAUAACGAGCGGUUUAGUGGCGUGUUUCGAGCCGAGGAGGUGUACGAGUAUGCGGAGCGAAGGGCGGAUUGGUAUAAUGUGAGGAAGGAGGUGGAGAGGGCUAUGUAUGGGUUGGAGUGUUUGGUUAUGUGAGGUAAUAGGGAGGGACCAUCGAAGGGUGUUCCUUGGUGAUGAUGGAACGAGUGUGGAAGAAGAAGAUUUAACGAACAGCGAGCAUGUCUAUUCUUUUUGAAUUAAAGAGCAUGAUGAGAAUUCUAGUACAUAAAAUAGGAUAUGAGGGUUAUAUACAUCGAUGACAAAA